UGAUUUGUUACAGCAGCAAUAGGAAACUAGUACAGAGAGUAUCUGGGAAAUGAAUGGCUCUACCAUGCUCCCUUUCCUCAUUAUUUCUAGUUGCUUUUAUGAGCAAAGCUUGUCUUACCUAGCAACAGUUGCUAAGUAAGUUAACAGUUUAGUGCUAAAGUCUGGAAGAGAGCCACUGCUUAAAUCUUCCCAAAUCCAGUGCCCAUACCUUAUGUGGCAAAGGCUUUUAGAACCGUUCUUUACCAUUAGGCACAUAACCACUACCUAAUCAUGGCGAAUCAUUUCAUCCUUACCAGCCUCUAACAUCGUCCUAAAACCUUGAUUCUCUUCUAGCUUCCUUAAACUUCCAGAUUUUCUUAAAACUUUUAUUUCUGAUCUUAAGAGUACUUUAACUGCACAUAGUAAAAGACAUCUUAAUUAUGAUCCGAAAUCCGAAUUACAUGAAUUUUGUUUGCUGUGCUGUUUGUAAUAAAAUAAUUCCACCAGCCCCUUUGGGGGAAACCUUCAAACGGAUCCAUGAAUACAAGCCAUUUAAGACACGCUUUUACACUCACAAAGAUAUACUGGAUAUUGGGGCAGAUAUUCUGAAUAAAGAAGAGCAAUUCCAAGAGGAAAUACUCAAAGAACGCAUUGCAAAAGCAGAAGCUGAUGUGUGGGUGCAGGCUGAUAAACGCCAAAAACAAGCAAUCGAGAAGGCACUUGAAGAAGCAAAUGACAAACACAAAAUGAAUAUUCAGAUUCUGGAAGAAGAACAUCAAAAAGACUUACAGGAAAUGGCAGCUAAAACCAAGAUGGAGAUGCACCAAAACAUGGAAGAUGAACUACAGAGAGAACACCUGGCUGCAGAACAGCGCAUGGUGCAUAGAAUCCAAAGGAUUAUGAUGGAGUGCCACAGGGAGAAGGUCCAGGCUGUGGAGAAGGCCAGGGCUGAAGAGAGACAGAUGGCCCAGGAGGCAAUCCAGGCCCAGAAAAGAAUGGCCAUGGAGGAACUUUUGAAUACUGGUAUAACAGCUAUGAAGGAUCAAAAGAAGAACGUGAGCCAACUGAUAAAAGAAAAAGAACAUGAAAUGAACGUCUACUAUUGUAUGGCUCAGAGGCAGAAGCAAGAAGAGGUUCAGGAAGUGCUCCAAGAGGCAGAGAAGACACAUCAGGCCACACUUGGAAAUGUGAUGGAUAAGCUGGUUAACACCCAGGGGGAGCUGCUGUCCAUAGUGAAACAACUAGGCAUCAUGACAAAUUGGAAGGAUUUCCUGGAGGAGGAAUUGCAGGAAACAAGGGCAGCAUUUCAAAAAUACAUCAAUUAUACAUUUCCUAAGCUUUCACCAGGGCAUGCAGAUUUUAUUCUGCCAGAAAGAAAGAAAACACCUUCCAAUCUUAUUAUUGAGGAGAAUGAAACAACUCUUGAUUAGAAGAAGUCUUUAACUGAAAUUUCACUACAAAGCCAUUGUUCCAAAGACUAAAUAAAUGAACUCAAAAACCAUUUAUUGAUUCCCAGUUACGUGCAGGGUACAACAGGCUGUGGGCAUUUUGAUGGAAAACCAAAAUACUCAAAAAGCACAUUCCAGGCUACGUUGAGUUCUAAAUCUAACUGAGGAGAGAAAAAAGUAAGAGGGACCAAAACUAUUUAGGAGGGGAGAAGGUUUCUUGGAAGAAGUCCAAAGAAACUUCCGUUAACUGGCUUUAUUCAUGUCUACAUCAGACAUGUAACUAUUUUAGACAUUGUUGCCAUUGAAAACAAGUUAAGAGUCAUCCUUUUAGAUUGUUCCCAUUGUGGAGAGGUGUGUUAACGUCCAGUAAAGACUGUUUUUUGGUGAACUGCAACAGCAUUGUAGGGAAAAAAAGCAAUUUCCCUCAAAUCCAGGAAGAUAACAUUUAAAUUCUGGGAGCCCUAUAUGAAAUAAUUCAGAGAGGACUCAUUUAUAUUGGUCAGUUGUGAAAGAAAAAUACAUCUUUAUUUAUUUAUUUCUUUAGAGAGAGAGAGCACGUGAGUGGGGCAGAGGGGCAGAGAGGCAGAGGGAGAGACAGAAUCGUAAACACGUUCCACACUCAGUGUGGAGCCCAAUGCAGGGCUCAAUCCCAGGACCAUGACCUGAGCCGAAAUAAAGAGCUGGACUCUCAAUCACCCAGGCACCCCGAAAAAUACAUCUUUAGAGGUCAGUCUCCUGCUUCAGGAAUAGGAAGUCUUCUUGUAUCUAUACUCAAGCCCAAGAGUGCUUUGAACCCACCUUCUUUGGGUUAAAAUGCAGAAAACUUAAGUACCACAAUGCUCAGGAUCAAUACAUGUUAACAUCUACUAAAUUCGAAUGAAAGAAAACCCAAGCCAUACUAACUUCUCUAAAAAUCUAUCCACUCUAAUGUAACAUCCUUAAAUUAUUCAUCACCAACUUAUGUUGGUGGCUUUGAAAUAACAACUUGGAAAGCAUUUUUCAGUAAAUUAACAAGUACCGUUCUUGAGCAAGCCUUAAGUAGAUUUGUUUACAUUGACCAUUCUUCAAUUUCCGAAUGGUAAAAAUGGCAAUUUGUUUACAAUUGCAUAAUGGACUACACUCUCCUCAGUAUGUAGCUUCCUGAUAUCGCAGGACCAGAGCAAUUCCUACUAACUGAUUGCCUGCUUGCUGGAAGUACUAACAUUUAUAUAGUGCUCUUUGCAGCUUUUUCAUUUACUUUCUUCUUACAACAAUCCGUGAGAAAGACAGGACAGGCAUCUGUUACCCUAUUUUUUUACAGAUAACAAAAUAA